AUGGCUGUACUUCCUAUGAGCUCUUCAAGCUUGGAGUUGACCAUUUCCGUACCAGGAUUCUCUUCUUCUCCAUCCCUUCCAUCCUCGGUAGUGAGAGACUUGGACAUAAACCAAGUACCAUCAAUAGAAGCAGAUCAUGAUCAUGAUCAUCAAGAAGAAUGGAUGAUGAUCACAGCAAAUAUGGAUGACGAAGAUGAAAUGAGUACUACUAAUAUUGGUUCUGGUCCUCCUCGAAAGAAACUCCGCCUCACAAAAGAGCAGUCUCGUCUUCUUGAAGAAAGCUUCAGACAACACCAUACCUUAAACCCUAAACAGAAAGAGGCUUUGGCGUUGCAAUUGAAGCUGAAGCCACGCCAAGUUGAGGUCUGGUUCCAGAACCGUAGGGCCAGGAGCAAGCUGAAGCAAACAGAAAUGGAGUGCGAGUACUUAAAGAGAUGGUUUGGAUCACUGACUGAACAGAACAGGAGACUUCAAAGAGAAGUGGAGGAGCUGAGGGCCAUGAAAGUGGGGCCCCCUACCGUGAUCUCCCCACACAGCUACGAGCCCCUCCCGGCCUCCACUCUCACCAUGUGUCCACGCUGCGAGCGCGUCACCACCACCACCACCACAACCACAUCCGCCGCCACCAACAGCCACCACGACAAGGUGGGCCCCACCAAAGCCGUUGCUGCCUCCACUGCCGCGGCAUUGUCGCCUAAAGUGGCGACGCCCGCCCUGUGAUC